AUGGACGGCCCACGUGAUCGAACGGUGUUUAUCAACUCUCUUGAUGAUCAUGGAGAGAAAAGGGUUGUCAGUGAAAUGGAUUUCUUUGCUGAUAAGAAUUGUUCUAAGGAUGCAUCAACAACGUUUCAAUUCAAGAAAGAGACCAAAUUUGACAGUGUUGAACAAGAUCUUCAUCUUAACAUAAGCACUGGUUUGAAUCUUCUGACGACAAACGUAUCGGCCGGUGACAAAUCUACUGCAGUUAAUAACGAAUCGCGGGGAAUUUCCAAGGAAUUUUUAGUUCUCAAGUCUGAGUUUGAUCGUGUGAACUUGGAAAAUGAACGAUUAAGAGCUAUAUUGGAUCAAAUAAACAGUAAAUAUUAUUCUUUACAAAUUCAAAUUGGAACAAUCUUACAGCAUCAACAAAAUCUAAAAGGUGCAAUUAGCACAGGAGAUGGAAAGAUUAAUGAUGUGAUGACAGAAGAAGAAAAACAGCGAUUUUUGGUCCCCAAGUGUAUGGAGAAGUCAAUGGCUAAUGAAUUGCAGAAGAAUUCAAACAGAGAAAAGAGCCCAGAAAAGAAUUUUCAAGAAUGGAUUCCAAAUAAAGUACCAAAAUUUAAUUCUUCUUCCAAGGAUACGGAUCAAGCUGCAGAAGCGACAAUGAAAAAGGCCCGUGUCUCGGUUCGAGCACGAUCAGAGGCACCUAUAAUCUCUGAUGGAUGCCAAUGGAGAAAGUAUGGGCAAAAAAUGGCAAAAGGGAACCCCUUCCCCAGAGCUUAUUAUCGUUGUACCAUGGCUGUUGGUUGUCCAGUACGCAAACAAGUGCAAAGGUGCGUAGAAGAUCGUUCGGUACUUAUAACCACUUAUGAGGGCAACCACAACCAUCCGCUACCGCCAGCCGCCAUGUCAAUGGCCGCCGCUACCUCUGCAGCCGCAUCGAUGUUGCUAUCAGGGCCAAUGCCAAGUGCCGAUGGAUUCAUGAACCCUAACAUGAUCACUAGAACUGUUCUUCCUUACUCAACAAAUUUUGCAUCAAUUUCAGCUUCAGCACCAUUCCCUACUGUUACAUUAGAUUUCACAACCACUCCCACCACUCAUUCACACUGGCAAAUGCUACCAGGCCAAUUCACUCGAGACUUGGGCCAUGGGCCACAGGCCAUUGCCCAUGCUCUUCGCAACCAUUCGAGAUUUCUCCCCCGAGUCUCUGAUGCUGCAUUUUUUGGCAGUGAAAGCUCUCACGAUAUGACGAAUGCAGCUACUGCUGCCAUUGCCUCGGACCCAAAUUUUACUGCGGCCAUAGCAGAAGCCUUAAGCUCCAUCAUUGGCAAUCUAAACCCAAAUAUUGGUAUUGACAGUAAAAAAUCUCCGAAAAAUAGCAGUGACAGCAACAUGGGAAAUGAAAGUUUUGCAGGGAAGUGA